GAGGCACAGAGGGUGCUGCUUUUUCAGACCGGUCGGUAAAAGUAUAACCAAACAGUUCGGUGACGGCGGAACAGCCAAUGAACAUAAAUGGUGCGUCGUGACGCAACAGGGCCCCGUUAAUAAGGAGCGGAGAGUCCAACCGGGACUUGAGAAGGAGGAACGGCGGUUUUGGGGGGCCAGCUAACACUCGCCUAUCAUCAGUCAAAAUAAAGCCAACUCCUCCUCUUCUGCUGUUACGGACAUGAACGCGGCCUCCUUGACAAAAGACAAAACAUUAAUUUAACAGACUGCUGUAAAGGAAAACUGCUUUUACCAGACGACCGGUCGGAUUUUAUAAAGCAAAGGCUAUGUGUUUUUACAUUUUUCUAUUUUUCUACAACUCUGCAAAGCAAAGAGUUGUUUGAGCGACAGAAAUCAGCUGCUGUCCGUAUCAACUUGGACUGUUGAACCCAGAGGGGAAGAAGCCUUUCUCACAGCCUCCCUGUCAGCUUUUUUUUGGAAAUAUAAUUUUGGUUCUUUCUGACUGUGAUGCAGUAACAGGCUGCUGCCUAGCUCUGGCAGUGUUAGUUGUAAAAACUUACUUUAUUGUUCUACAGAAAAAAGGGGAGAAAUUAUCGAUGCCUUGCAGACUGUCGAAAUCCUGAAAUAUUACUCCCGGCGAGGAGGAGGCAUCGGUGCGAAGACCCGUGCUGCAGGGGCUUCCAUAGUUGGUAUGUUUAUUCAACGUAAAUGGAAAAGAAAACAUAGAAAGAGCAGUUGAUAAUAACAAAAAAUCAUCACAAUAUCAUAAAUAAAAUCAUACCUAAGAGAAAAUAGAUUCCAGUGAUAGAAGCGGAAUCUGUGCGGUUAUUUAUGAAUUAAUCAGAGCUUAUUAAUAAUGAGAGCUGCAGAGAUUCGGAUGACGGUUUCCAUUGGUAGAUGAGACGUAGUGAGGAGAGCACGUGUCCAAUUUUUCCCUCAUAUUUUUUCCUCCCUGAUCUGGAUUUCUCACUUGUCACGGCAAGAAAGGAAAACCUAAAAAAGACAGAAUUUUGAGUGACAUUAUUGCGCCGGGUUUUGCCUCUGAUGGACAUCUUGGCUUGCAGAUCCGAAGAGAACAGUUAUAAUAUUCUCCCCUCUGCGGCAACGAUGCUUUUCCAUGGCCUCCCUGGAGGCGACGUGCACGGUGUGGUGGAAGAAAUGGACCGGAGAGGAAAGAGCGAGUCAGCAGCCAUCAGCUCAGCCAUCGAUAUGGGGGAAUCAGAGACGUCCAUGCCGUGUAUGACCAGCGAGCGCGUGGCUCUGUGCGCGGGCUGCGGCAGGAAGAUCGCGGACCGCUACUACCUGCUGGCCGUGGACAAACAGUGGCACAUGCGCUGCCUCAAGUGCUGCGAAUGCAAACUCAACCUGGAGUCUGAACUCACCUGCUUCAGCAAGGACGGCAGCAUCUACUGCAAGGAGGAUUACUACAGAAGAUUUUCGGUGCAGAGAUGCGCUCGGUGCCACCUGGGGAUCUCUGCGUCGGAGAUGGUGAUGCGAGCCCGGGACCUGGUCUACCACCUCAACUGCUUCACCUGCACCACGUGCAGCAAGAUGCUCACCACCGGGGACCACUUUGGCAUGAAGGACAGUCUGGUGUACUGUCGGCUGCACUUUGAGACUCUCAUCCAGGGAGAAUAUCAGACACAUUUUAACCACGCGGACGUUGUCCCGCACAAAGGGCUGGGCCCGGCCAACACGCUUGGACUAUCCUACUUCAACGGUGUGGGGACAGUGCAGAAAGGCCGGCCUAGGAAGAGGAAAAGUCCCGGGCCGGGUGCUGAGCUGGCUGCAUAUAACGCAGCGCUGAGUUGCAAUGAGAAUGACGGUGAGUCCAUGGAUCGGGACUCCCAGUACAGCUCCAGUCAGAAGACGAAGCGUAUGCGGACAUCGUUCAAGCACCACCAGCUGAGGACCAUGAAAUCCUACUUCGCCAUCAACCACAACCCAGAUGCCAAGGACCUCAAGCAGCUUGCCCAGAAGACGGGCCUCACCAAGCGGGUCUUACAGGUCUGGUUCCAAAACGCUCGGGCUAAGUUCAGGAGGAACUUGCUGCGGCAAGAAAGCACUGGUGUGGACAAGGCAUCCGACGGCUCCACACUGCAGGGUGGGACACCGUCAGGCCCGGCCUCAGAGAUCUCCAACGCCUCCAUGAGCCCUUCCAGCACCCCCACCACCCUGACAGACUUGACCAACCCCACCAUGCCCACUGUCACCUCUGUGCUCACCUCGGUGCCGGGCGGCAUGGACAGCCACGAGUGCCGGAGCCCAUCACAGACCACACUGACCAGCCUCUUCUGAUGGACAGAUCCCUUUACCACAGCCUCACCCCUCCCGACUCUCCCUCACCUCUAUUCCUCCCUCCUAGAUCUCAAACUGAGCACUGUUGACUCCUCCGAACAUUAAGUGGAUUAGAGAAGAGAAGGUAAUGGAAACAAACAAAAAAAGAUUUCAUUUUGCUCUGAGCCCAUUAGAGACUAUUUGCAUAGUGAGGCGGCCAAGCCUUACAAAUGGAACAGUUGUUGUUAUUUUGAUGUUGUUGUCUUGUUGAGAACUGAGACUUGAUUUGCAUUUUUCAAUGUUUACAGAAAGAGACUGCGGGAAAAAAACUGCUUAAUUUUUGGAAAUUCAUUUUUUCCAGCACAGUAUUUAUGUUGUUGUACAAGAGUCACUGUUAGAAGGAUUGUAAAAAUUCUUUUUUGAAAAUCUGAGAUUAAACACAGGUUCCCAUAUCCUCUGACUGCCAUGUGCCUUAUAGUUCAUUUUAUCUUUACUGCUGUACUCAGAAGCUGACCUUGAACUCAGAAGGCAAAUAGUUUGACUGAGAAGAGGUUGGUUAAAUGGUAAAAGACCUCUACUGCUUGUGCCCAAGAGUGUGUGUGUGUGUGUGUGCGUGUGUGUGUGCGCGUGUGUUUUAUGGUUCGUUCUCCAGUGCAAAUGUUCCAUUUUGAGGCAAACUAAUUAUUCUGACAUGGACAUCGUAAAACCUGCCGUCAUACUCUGCUUCUCACCUGAUAGAAUCCUCCUCCUCACUUUGGAUUUUGUGAUUCUGUUUGAACAGAAACCUAAAACCUGCUGUACACGAGAAACAAAUAUUUCAACACUGGUGAUUUUUUUUUAGUUUAAGGCACCGUUAGCUAAACACAGAUUAGUUAACGUUCCAAAAGCAUCUUACCUUUUCUACACAGAUAUGGUUCACCACAUCAGGACAUUUCAGAUAUUCAUGUAAAUUUUACACUUUAACAUGAAUUGUCUUACCAGAUUAUUUUUGGCUGUUUUUCAUUGGUCAAAUUCCAGCACUGUUGGAAUCAAAGGUAGGAUAACACAAACCAUGAAGUAUUUGUAAAUACCUCUUGAUCUGAAGUAGGAUAUGUAAUUUACACAUUGUGAAGAAAUAUUUCCUAUCAGACAGCACAUAUUCUCUCUGUAUUUUAACAUUGUAUAUGUUUUAUGAAGGGCGUCACACCACUGGUGAGGGGACUGUUUUUCAGCUGUAAGGUAACUCAACAAUAAUCCAGUACAUGAAAAACUCCUGCCUCAGUUUGUAUCAAAACAUAUCACAUAAAAUAUGCCAAGCUGAAAAUGUCAGUUAAAAUUAAUGAUAAAAUCCUUUUUUCUGUUUUUUUCUUUUUUUUUCUGAAGCAAGUGAGAAAUAUCUACUGUUAGGAUGCAAUUCUAUUAUUUAUGUCUCUUAAGAUAGACAGUCCAAUGCUAUCAAGAUUAUGUGUUAAAGUGAAAAUGUUUGGAAUUAUUUCAUAUUAAUGGCAGAUUUUCUUUCCUGUCUCAGUUUAUAAUACUUGUCAAGGUAGAUAUUUUUGUGUAUGAUAGAAAAUACAUGCUGUGAAUGGGAGGAGAGCUGCUGGUGAGGCACACCGAUCAGUCCCAGACUGCUGUGAGGAUCCUCACUGAACUUCUCUUGCUGUGCUGCUCCUGCACAUUCUUGUACGAAUCCGUGUUGUCCUCAGUUCUGUGUGAAAUAUAAACACUACCAAUUCUGACACUUUUUUUCCAAGAUAA